AUGGUCCAGCUAAGUGCAAUCUUUGCUAACAAGCGAAAAAUGGUUAUUCUCUCUCUUGCAAUAUGUACGGUUCUGAUCAUCUCUGGAGUGAUUGCCAGUCUCGCGUAUGGUCUGCAAGAGCCUUUCACCACUAUUGACAGUACAUCCUGCGGUACCAGUCAUGAAACGUACAAAAUCAAUGGUACAUCUGUAUUAGCAAAAUAUUCUCGAGGAGCUGUUGCUGUUGAUAACGGCGAAUGUUCAAAAAUUGGAAGUCAGAUAUUAGAGAAAAAUGGUACCACUAUGGAUGCGGCACUGGCAGCAGCUAUUUGUAACGGUGUUAUGAACGCACAUUCUAUGGGCAUCGGUGGUGGCUGUGUAAUUGUGGUUUAUUCAAAAAAAAGAAACAAAGCAUACAGUCUCAUUGCAAGAGAGCGUGCACCGUUAGCUGCUCAUUCGACUAUGUUUAUCGGUAGACAGAAUAUGUCAAUGCAUGGUGGAUUAGCUAUUGCUGUUCCUGGUGAAUUGCGUGCUUAUAAGAAGGCUUAUGAUGAAUUCGGUGGCGGUGUGCCAUGGAGUGAUUUAUUCCAACCUACGAUUCAAUUAUGUCGUAAUGGCUUUGUCAUUAGUCCAUCACAAGCUGCCGCGAUAAGACAAAUCGCACCUUUCAUUUAUGAAGAGCCUUCUUUAAAAGAAUUGUUUGUCAAAAAUAAAGCUACAAAUGAAUUAUAUGGUGCUGGUGACAUUAUAAAACGGCCAAAGUAUGCCGAUACAUUGGAAAUUAUUGCUCAACAAGGUGUGGAUACUUUUUACACUGGCACCCUUGCUGAUAAAAUCGUGAAAGAAAUUCAAGAUCGUCAUGGUAUUAUCACCAAGAAAGAUCUUGCUGACUUUCAAGUCGAUUUUCGUGAAGCGUUAAGCAUUGAAAUGAAUGCCACCUUGACUGCGUUUACUACACAUGCACCAUCUAGUGGACCUAUCUUAGCCUUUAUUUUGAACAUUCUCCAAGGCUAUAAUGUUCAUGCUGAUGAUUUGAAAGACAAAAGAACUGCAGCAUUGUUUUACCAUCGACUCAUAGAAGCAUUCAAAUUUGCUUAUGCCAAACGAAGUGAACUCAGUGAUCCAUCAAUGGUUAAUGUUGAUGAAUUACUUCAAAAUUUAACGUCGAAAGAAUAUGCUAGUCGUAUUCGAGCACGAAUACAUGACUAUCGAACAUAUGGUUACGAGUAUUACGGUGGAACAUGGCUUGAUACGGUGAAACCAGGCACUGCCCAUAUAUCUGUUGUUGGACCUGAUGGCGAUGCUGUUUCAUUGACAUCUACCGUCAAUCUUUAUUUUGGCUCGAAAGUGCUCGGACCAGAAACAGGAAUAUUUUACAAUGAUCAAAUGGAUGAUUUUUCUACUCCUAAUACAGUGAAUUACUUUAAUGUUCCUGCUAGUCCAGCGAAUUUCAUUGCCCCUGGCAAGCGACCGGUUUCAUCGAUGUCUCCCUUGAUUCUAGUUGAAAAGCAUAGCCAACGUAUUCAACAAGUUCUCGGCGCUAGUGGUGGAACUAAAAUUACUACCAGUAUAGCACAGGUUGCCAUGCUCAAUUUGUGGUUCAAUGAAAACAUCAAAGAUGCUAUUGAUUCUCCUCGACUUCAUUCACAAUUACUGCCACAGGAAGUGAUGGCUGAAAGUGGUUUUGACCAAGAUAUUUUAAAGCUUUUAAAACAACGUGGUCAUAAUAUUACAUGUACUGCCUAUGGUGGUUCCGUUAUUCAAGGAAUUGAAUGGCGUGACGAGGUGAAUCAAUAUUGGGCCAACUGUGAUAUUCGUAAAGGCGGUGCACCACAUGGCUUACCUUAA